AUGAAGUAUCUUGAGCGCCUCACUCCCUCGUGCUGGCGCAUCAAGCCCGGCUUUGUUCCCAACAUGAAGGUGGAAGGUCGCUUUUAUGUCAACAAGGCUCUUGAAGCUCUGAUGCUCGAGGAACUGCAACAGUUUGCUUCGGCGCGCGGCGUAGGCGGCUUUUUGCCCGCCGUCAAACAGAUUGCCAAUGUGGCUUCCCUGCCAGGCAUUGUCGGCGCCUCCGUUGGCUUGCCUGAUGUUCACUCGGGCUACGGGUUUGCCAUUGGCAAUAUGGCAGCCUUUGACAUGGAUGAUCCUGAGGCCAUUGUGUCACCUGGCGGUGUGGGAUUUGACAUCAACUGUGGCGUGCGCCUUCUCCGAACCAACUUGACCUUGGAGGAUGUGGAGCCCGUUAAAGAGCAACUGGCUCAAUCUUUGUUCGAUCACAUCCCCGUCGGUGUCGGCUCCAAGGGCGUCAUCCCCAUGAAUGCCAAGGAUCUUGAGGAGGCCCUGGAAAUGGGCAUGGACUGGUCCCUGCGCGAGGGUUAUGCUUGGGCCGAAGAUAAGGAGCACUGUGAGGAAUACGGUCGCAUGCUGCAGGCAGAUGCGUCGAAGGUGUCGGCACGCGCCAAGAAGCGUGGCUUGCCUCAGCUUGGUACCUUGGGUGCUGGCAAUCACUACGCCGAAAUUCAGGUGGUUGAGGAAAUUUAUGACAAGGAGGCGGCCGCCAAAAUGGGCAUCAAUAAGAAGAACCAAAUCUGUGUCAUGAUUCAUUCCGGUUCGCGCGGCCUUGGUCACCAAGUGGCCACCGAUGCCCUCGUUGCAAUGGAGAAGGCCAUGAAGCGCGAUGGCAUCGAGGUCAACGACCGCCAGCUCGCCUGCGCGCGGAUUCAUUCCGAAGAAGGGCAAAACUACCUCAAGGCCAUGGCUGCCGCUGCCAACUAUGCCUGGGUCAACCGUUCCACCAUGACCUUUCUCUGCCGUCAAGCCUUUGCAAAGCAGUUUAAUACCACCCCCGAAGAGCUGGACAUGCAUGUUAUUUACGACGUGUCCCACAACAUUGCCAAAACGGAGCGUCACAUGGUCAAUGGCACGGAGCGCACGCUCUUGGUGCAUCGCAAGGGGUCAACGCGGGCAUUCCCACCCCACCACCCCCUCAUCCCCGUUGAUUAUCAGCUCAUUGGACAGCCUGUGCUGAUUGGCGGCACCAUGGGCACAUGCAGCUACGUACUCACUGGCACGGAUACAGGCUUCCGUGACACAUUUGGCUCGACUUGCCACGGCGCGGGGCGUGCGCUGUCUCGUGCAAAGUCGCGCCGCACGCUUGAUUACCAGCAAGUUCUGGACAAGCUCGACAAAAAGGGAAUUGCCAUUCGUGUGGCGUCGCCCAAGCUUGUAAUGGAGGAAGCCCCGGAAUCCUACAAGGAUGUGACUGCGGUCGUUGAUACUUGCCACGCCGCUGGCAUCAGCAAGAAGGUGGUCAAGCUCCGGCCCAUCGCCGUAAUUAAGGGCUGA